AUGGAGGAACAGAUUGAAGCUGUGGGGGAGACUAGAGAGAAUGUGCUGGUGUUCUUCAAGCUGCGUCCCACAGUGAUCACAGAAGAUAACCUUCAUCACAGCCUUCUGGUUUCAUCCAUGCUGGAGUCUCCCAUUAACACCCUCUAUCAGGCUGUCAGACAGGUUUUCGCACCUGUACUGCUAAAGGAUGAGCGUUGGCGUUCUGCAUUUGACCCUAAACUGGCUGGCCUCCUGAGUGAGCUGGAGCUGGGUCUGGGUUCAGUAGUUCGCCAGUCUGGGACACAACCUUCUGCCAAGAAGGGUUGCACAGAGGAAGAUGUCUUGGGCAUCCUGACUCCCAGCGAUGAGUUCCAGUACUGGGCAGAUCUCUCAGAGUCUGCAGAGAAGAGUAGUUUGAGAGAAAGAUCUCAACAUUUCACGGAGCACUUCAAACCAAUACAAAAGGAAUACGAUGGUCUCGAUAGCCUAUCUAUGUCUGAUGUUAUGGAUCUGGUGGAACAGAGCAGGGACGCUCUGGAUGACAUUUGGAGGCAGACUGAUUACGACCCUUACCCAGAGACACGCAUGGUCCGCCUCAUGGAUGUCAUCGGCGGGGCCCUGGGGAGAUUUGUCCAGAGGAAGCUGAGUGGUCUUAAAAUCUUUGAGGAACCAUUUGUAUUAGUGAGAGAGAACCUGAGAACGGGUUUUGCCAUCUGUGAACAGUGGGUUGUAGCCUGUGAGCAUUUAACUGGACAGGUCUGGAAGAGACAUGCCCCCCACCCCUGGAAGGGAAACAAACACUCCCCGGAAACCCUGCAGUGCCUCGCAAACAGAUUGAAUGAAGUUGUGACUCUACGUGUGGUUCAUGAGAAGCUGCUGUGUUUGCUACCAGGAGCGAAGCAACAGGCUCUGACUGUAGAGCGUGUUUUCGAACCAUUCUCUGGGCUCAACCCUCUGCAUUACAACCCUUAUACAGAGCCUCUUUGGAGAGCAGCAGUGGCUCAGUUUGAGCGUCUAAUGGCUCCAUCAGAGCAGGAGGUUGCUGGCAGACUGAAGAGCUAUAUAGCUGAUGUACAGGACAACCCACAACAGCUAUUACAGGUAUUUCUGAAACAUAAGGAGCUUAUAAGACGUCCCACCAUCCGCAAAGAACUGCAGUCAGAGAGAGAGACCCUACUGGCGAGAUUACUAGACGACAACAAGGGUCUGAAAACUGACUUUGAGACACGCUGCCAUGGAAGUCCUGGUGACAAGUCUGGCCCCCUUAUUGGCCGAAACCUCCCUGAGGUGGUCAACAAAAUAGUUUGGGUGCAGCAGCUCCUACACAAGGUUGAAGACUCUGUCCGCCUAGCUGAGGCUCUGCUUUCAGAUCUCUCUGGGUUCAAAGGGUUCCUGCAUUUCUGUGAUGACCUGCUGGAGAUUCUGAGGGCCUAUGAACAAGAGCAGUUUGAGGACUGGUCAAGAGAUAUACUUUCUGAGCUGACUGACCCAAAGUCAGGGAUCAGUCUUCAGGCCAGUAACCGUGUGAUGGAGCUGGACCAUGAUGAUGGCAGACUCAAGAUUCAGUACUCAGACAGACUAGUCAGUCUGCUCAGGGAGGUCAGGCAGCUCUCUGCCCUGGGCUUUUCCAUCCCAGCCAAGAUACAACUGGCUGCUAAUACUGCAGAUAAAUUCUACAGACAAGCCAUUGUCCUAAAACAGGUUGCUCAUUUCUACAACACCAUUGACCAGCAGAUGAUUCCCUCUCAGAGACCUAUGAUGCUAAAUCUUGCCCUGGCCUUUGAGCAUGUCAUCAAGAAUCCUCGUUCUCAGUCAAAGAAAACAGGAAGUAAGCUGCAGAUCACCUGGGACAACCCCAAAGAGUUAGAAGUCUACAUUGGCAAGCUGCAGGCUGCUGCUGAAAAACUCUCCACCGAAAACAGGAAGUUACGAAAAUGGCACACUGACUUCAUUGAGAAGGUCGUGACACUGAUGAAUGUUGACCUACUGAGACAUCAGCAGCGAUGGAAGGAUGGUCUUCAGGAGCUUCGUGCUGGUUUUGCCACUCUGGAGGCUCAGGGCUUCAGGUCUGAUGACAUGCGGGCAUGGCGUCAGCACUGGAACCAUCAGCUGUACAAAGCUCUUGAACACCAGUAUCAGACUGGGCUGGAAGCACUGAACAAGAACUUGCCAGAAAUACACAUUGAUCUCACUUUCAAGCAGGGCCGCUUACAGUUCUCGCCACCAUUUGAGGAGGUGCGUGCACGCUAUUUUAGAGAAAUGAAGCGUUUCAUCUCGAUCCCAAACCAGUUCCGAGGGGUCAGCACCCAGGGGGAGGAGCUCAUCUUCAACAUCAUGAUUGACAGGAAUGCGUCUGGGUUCCUCACAAUUUUCAGCAAGGCUGAGGACCUCUUUAGUCGCCUGGAAGCUAUACAACACAAGUUCAAGGAGUGGGUGGUGUUGGGACAGACUGAUUUAGAGAAGUUGAUCGAGAAGCAUUUGAGUUCUGUGCAGGACUGGGAAAGAAAUUUCAAAGCCCUGAAAGCCAAGGGAAAAGAGUCAGAACGUUUACCCAGUCAGGAGAAAGUGGACUGCAUCACCGUCAACUGUGAGCCUGUAAAAGCCGCCAUAGAUGACCUGAUUCAGAGGCUGUUUGACAUGCUGCUCCUCUCACUUAGGAAAUCUAUACAAGGCCACACACAAGCAAUAGAAACUUUUGUGACAGAAUCAAUGGAGGCCUUGUCCACUCGACCAGAGAGUAUGGAGGAAAUUGGUGCGGCUAGUGCCAAAUAUAACCAGAUACUUGCCCGCAAACCUGAAAUUCUACCUCAGUUCCAAUUUGCUGAGGAGAAGAACCGCUUGCUACGUGCGGUGGCUGGAGCUGGGCUGGACUCUCUCUCUUCACUCAGGGCCAAGUGGGACAAGCUGGAGCUUGUCAUGGAGAGCCACCAGCUAAUGGUCAAAGACCAGGUGGAGGUGAUGCGAAGUUAUGCGGCCAGUCGUAUCGAUGUUUACAGGGCAGAUCUGGAGCGAUUUAAGGCACGCUGGGACCAGCUAAAACCUAAAGAUGAGAUGCUUGAGACUGGUGAUCAUGCUGCCCUGCUUGUAUGUCUUCAGACAAUCAGGGACAAACAGCAAGAGUUUGAGGAGCUAGAGCUUGUGCGCACUAAGCUGCUUGAAGACUGUGCCUAUUUCAAUCUGGAGACUCCGUCUUUCUCUGUGGCCGAAGAGACAAAAAGAGACAUGGAGGAAUGCAGCCAAAUGUGGGGUCUGUAUGAGGAGUGGCACCAAGGGUUCUCAGAGAAUGCCCAGGAAGACUGGAUAUCAUUCAGGAGUAAAACAUAUGUAUUUGAGGAGUUUUUGUUUACUUGGCAAGACAGACUAAGAAAACUAGAGCAACCCACUGUGAUGUCUGUUAAACUACAAGGGGAAGUCGACAAAUACAAGAACAUGAUUCCAGUGCUGAAGUAUGUAUGUGGGGACCACCUGUCUCAGGACCACUGGUUGGACAUGUUCCGUUUACUAGGCCUCCCAAGAGGGAUGACUUUAGAGAGACUUACCUUUAGUGAUCUUCUUGCUGUGGCAAAUACCAUCAUAGAGAAAGCAAUGGAGCUCAAGGAUCUGAACAGUCGUGCUCAGGCGGAGGUGACGAUCAGAGAAGCUCUGAGGGAGCUGGAUUUGUGGGGAGCUGCAGCUACCUUCACCCUCACUGAGUACAAAGACAGCAGCGGGCGCACUCUCACCCUCAUCAAGGACUGGAAGGAUAUUGUCAACCAGGUGGGAGAUAAUCGCUGUCUGCUGCAGUCGCUAAAAGAUUCCCCUUAUUACCGCAGCUUCCAGGACAAGGUCAGUCUGUGGGAAGUUCGUCUGUCCGACUUGGAUGAGUAUCUGCUCAGUCUGAAUGCCAUCCAGAGGCGCUGGGUUUAUUUGGAGCCCAUUUUUGGACGAGGAGCAUUGCCCCGAGAGGAAGCUCGCUUCAAACGAGUUGAUGAAGACUUCAGGUCUAUAAUGUCAGACAUCCAGAGAGACAACAGAGUUGUUUCUCUGAGUUCGAGGGCUGGCAUCAGAAACUCCCUCGUCACCAUACUGGACCAACUACAGCGCUGCCAAAAGUCACUCAAUGAGUUCCUGGAGGAGAAACGGUCUGCCUUCCCACGGUUCUAUUUCAUUGGGGAUGAUGAUCUGUUAGAAAUUCUUGGGCAGGCAACCAACCCUAGUGUCAUCCAGUCACACCUAAAAAAACUCUUUGCAGGCAUCCACAGUGUUGUGUUUGAUGAGCAAUGCCAGCACAUUGUCGCCAUGUGUUCUUUGGAGGGAGAAAUUGUGCCACUCAGAAAUAUUGUACACAUUUCCAGCCUUGUGGAGGUGUGGUUAAGUGAGCUGUCUGUGGAAAUGAAGGAGACCCUAAAGCACUUGCUGUAUGAAUGUGUGUCGGCAGCAAAGAAAGGGGAAGUGGACCCCUCUCGUUAUCCAUCACAGAUCCUGUGUCUGGCUGAGCAAAUCCAAUUUACUGAAGAUGUGGAAAGAGCUAUAAAAGAACAAAAUUUGCAUCAGUUGGAGUUGGAGCUUAACAGCAAAUUAGAAGUCUAUACCACAGUGGACACCAGCUCUGAUAACACAGAGUCUAGUGUCCUGCAAUUGAAGCUGAAGGCCUUGAUCCUGGAUAUUAUCCACAACAUCAGUGUGGUGAAGCAACUUAACCAGGCAGGAGUUACCACUACUGACGCCUGGGCCUGGAAGAAGCAGCUUCGGUUCUAUAUGGGGCCGGACCAAUGCUGCCACAUACAUAUGGUGGAUGCACAAUUCAGCUAUACCUAUGAAUACCAGGGGAAUGUGGCUAAGCUGGUGCACACUCCACUGACUGAUAAAUGCUACCUGACUCUGACCCAGGCAAUGAAGAUGGGGCUCGGGGGGAAUCCUUAUGGGCCAGCCGGCACAGGCAAGACUGAGUCCGUCAAAGCCUUAGGAGGGCUGUUUGGACGUCAAGUGCUGGUGUUCAACUGUGACGAGGGUAUCGAUGUGAAGUCAAUGGGACGGAUCUUUGUGGGGUUGGUGAAGUGUGGAGCAUGGGGCUGCUUUGACGAGUUUAACCGUUUAGAGGAAGCAGUACUGUCUGCAGUUUCCAUGCAGAUUCAGGCCAUUCAAGACUCUCUCAAACACCAUAAGAACACAUGCGAUCUGCUAGGGAAGGAGGUGGAAUUGGACCCUAAUUCUGGAGUCUUUAUCACAUUAAAUCCGGCAGGAAAAGGCUAUGGAGGCAGACAGAAACUUCCAGACAACCUAAAGCAAUUGUUCAGGCCUGUGGCCAUGAGCAGGCCAGACAAUGAGCUCAUUGCUGAAGUCAUCCUCUACUCCGAGGGCUUCAAAAAUGGAGAAAUACUGGGAUGCAAACUGGUAGCAAUCUUCAACCUGGCAAGAGAGUUGUUGACUCCUCAGCAACACUAUGACUGGGGUUUGCGAGCUCUAAAGACAGUGCUGAAGGCCUGCGGCGGUCUCCUGCAGCAACACAGAAGGAAUCGCAACAAAGAAAAGAUUGAAGAGAGUAGUCUGGUAGUGCAGGCCUUAAGACUGAACACAAUGUCCAAGCUGACCUUUGCCGAUUGCUCUCGGUUUGAUGCUCUGGUGAGAGAUGUCUUCUCUGGGGUUGAUUUCACUGACGUGGAGGACCAGAUACUAACACAUGCACUGGAACAAGUUUAUAAGGAGGCACAGCUUGAACUUAUACCCAGCCAGCUAAAGAAGGCAUUGGAGCUAAAUGAACAGCUAAGACAACGUAUGGGCGUAGUUGUUGUCGGGCCAAGCGGAGCAGGCAAGUCCACACUGUGGAGGAUGCUCAGGGCAGCUCUUGGCAAGACAGGAAAAGUGGUGAAGCAGUACACAAUGAAUCCUAAGGCCAUGCCCAGACAACAGUUGUUGGGACAUAUAGACAUGGACACCAGAGAGUGGUCUGAUGGCGUCCUCACCCACAGUGCCAGGAACGUGGUCAAAGAAUCUCAGGAGGUGAACUCUUGGAUCGUAUGUGAUGGCGACAUUGAUCCUGAGUGGAUUGAGAGUCUGAAUUCUGUCCUUGAUGAUAAUCGACUGUUAACCAUGCCCAGUGGCGAACGCAUCCAGUUUGGACCUAAUGUUAACUUCCUGUUUGAGACUCAUGACCUCAGCUGUGCCUCACCAGCUACCAUAUCCCGCAUGGGCAUGAUCUUUCUCAGUGAUGAGGACAUUGAUGUGGGUGCCUUGGUGAAGUCGUGGUUAAAGGGUCAGCCAGAAGAGUGUCACAAUAAUCUUGAAAACUGGCUGGGCGAUUACUUCCAAAGAUCUCUAGACUGGGUCCUCAAGCAGAAUGACUUUGUGGUGGAAACUAGUUUAGUGGGCACAGUGUUCAAUUGCCUGUCUCACCUCAAUGCUGUGAAGGAGAGGGGCCAGUUCAUCGUUGGUCUACUGAGAGGUAUGGGAGGAAACCUCAACCUCAAAACACGACAGGAGUUUGCCAAAGAGUUGCUGAGCUGGGCCAGGGAAAGCCCACCAGACCCCAGAAAACCAUUGGAUACUUACUAUAACACUGACAGUGGUCAUCUAGCAAGUUACAUGUUCCAGCGUCCUGAGGGUCUCACGCUGGAGCAGUUCUCUCAUACACACAUGCUACCUGUGAUUGAGACUCCAGGCAUGCAGAGAGGUCUGCAGGGUUUCUCUCCUUGGCUCACCACACAGCACAGGCAGCCCUUCAUGGUCGUAGGGCCAGAGGGUUGUGGAAAGGGCAUGCUCCUGCGCUACGCCUUCUCUCGGCUGCGUUCCACCCAAGUUGCUGUGGUUCACUGCAGCGCCCAGACAUCAUCACGCCACGUCCUACAGAAACUGAGCCAGACGUGCCUGUUGCUCAGCUCUAACACUGGUCGAGUUUUCAGACCCAAGGACUGUGAGAACUUGGUCCUUUAUUUAAAAGACAUCAACCUACCCAAACCGGACAAGUGGGGGACCAGCAACCUCACUGCCUUCCUCCAGCAGGUGUUGACCUAUAAGGGGUUCUAUGAUGAAAAUCUGGAGUGGGUCAGUCUUGAGAACAUACAAGUGGUGGCUUCCAUGUCCACAGGGGGUGCUGUUGGGACACAUUCACUCACAACCCGCUUCUCUUCUAUAGUACGCAUCUGCACAAUAGAUUAUCCAGACAGGGAGCAGCUGCAGACUAUCUACUCAGCUUACCUGCAGCCAGUUCUCCAGCACAGCCUGGGCAGCCAGGCAGCCUGGGCCAGCACAGGGAAAACACACCAGCUGGCUGGGUCUCUUGUGCAGCUCUAUGAACAGGUAAAAGCCAAGUUCACAGUGGAUGACCACAGCCAUUAUGUGUUUACACCUUGUAUUCUCACAGAAUGGGUUCUCAGCCUGCUGCGGUAUGACCUCACUGCAGCUCAAUCUAAUGUGACAGACAGCGUGUUGGAGGUGGUAGCAUACGAGGCCAGGAGGCUCUUCAGAGACCGACUAGUUUCCUCCAAAGACCUUCACACCUUUGAUAACAUCCUCUCCUCCAUCAUACGAGGGGACUGGAGCUCUGAUGCUCUAGAUAACAUGACUGAUGGUUUCUAUGUGACAUGGGGAGAGUCUGAGGGGGCUGUGAUCACUCCUGGCCAGUCUCUGCCUCCUCAUGGCAAACAACUGGGACGCCUGGACUCUACUGAUUUAAAACAAGUUAUACAGAAGGGAGUCGUGCUGUACAGUCGAGAUAACAGGGAGCUGGAUCUUCUCCUGUUCUGGGAAGUGUGCGACUUUGUGUCCAGGGUAGAUCGGGUCCUAAGCAGACCUGGUGGGUCUCUGCUUUUGGCAGGGCGCAGCGGAGUGGGUCGGCACACAGCCACGUGCCUGGUGUCACACAUGCACGGAUACACGUUGUUUACUCCAAAAAUCUCCCGUGGUUACACCCUGAAGCAUUUCAACAGUGAUCUCAAGACGGUGAUGCAGCUGGCAGGUCUGGAGGGCCAACAGGUGGUUUUACUAUUAGAGGACUAUCAGUUUGUCCACCCAGCUUUCUUAGAGAUGGUGAACAGCCUGCUGUCAUCAGGUGAAGUUCCAGGUCUAUAUACCCCUGAGGAACUGGAGCCACUCCUCUCGUCACUAAAAGAUGGUGCUUCCCAGGAUGGAUUCACCGGACCUCUCUACAACUAUUUCUCUCACAGAAUCCAGCAGAACCUCCACAUUGUUCUGAUCAUGGACUCCUCCAACUCUAACUUCACCAUCAACUGUGAGAGCAACCCAGCUUUUUACCGCAAGUGCUCUGUCCAGUGGAUGGAAGGAUGGUCUGAAAGCAGCAUGAAAAAGAUACCUGAGCUGUUGUUGGCAAAAACUGAGCAGGGAGGGGAGGAGACCGAAAGAGAAAAGGGCAGCAAGAGGAAAAGCUCAGGAGGGUCUGGGCAGGGGGAUCUGUGCCGAUUGUUCUUGAUGGUCCAUGAGUCAUGCCGCGAACACGGUGCAACACCGAGCAAGUACAUGGCCUUUCUGCAUGUUUACACCGCAUUAUACAGUCGGAAGCAAAAGCAGCUUACUACAAGACAGCAGCAUCUGCAGGCAGGCGUUUCUAAGCUGAAUGAAGCUAAAACAUUGGUUGAUGAACUAAAGAGGCGGGCUGCAGAGCAGAGCGAACUGCUGAGGACUAAACAACAGGAGGCAGAUUCUGCCCUGCAGGAAAUCACAACCUCCAUGCAGAAUGCCAGUGACCAGAAGGCAGAGAUGGAAAAAUUGAAAGGGAAAAUGGCUCAAGAAGUGUCCAAAAUUGAAGAGAGAAAAGCCAAAAUCGACGACGAGCUGAAAGAAGUACAGCCUUUGGUAGAUGAAGCAAAGCGUGCAGUUGGAAACAUCAAGCCUGAAGCGCUGUCUGAGAUCCGCUCCCUCCGCAUGCCUCCCGAUGUCAUCAGAGACAUCCUGGAGGGGGUACUGAGGCUGAUGGGCAUCUUUGACACCUCCUGGGUCAGCAUGAAGAGCUUUCUAGCUAAACGUGGUGUGAGGGAGGACAUAGCUACAUUUGAAGCCAGGAAUAUCACUCCUGAGAUUCGCCAGAGUGUGGAAGAGCUACUCAACAGGAACAGGGCUUCUUUCGACCCUAAGAAUGCAAAGCGUGCAAGUGCAGCAGCUGCUCCUCUGGCUGCCUGGGUCAAAGCCAAUGUCCAAUACUCCCGCGUCCUAGAGAGGAUAGAACCACUGGAAAGAGAACAGGCUGGACUUUUGGAAAACCUGAGGAAGACUGAGAGUAGGAAGAAUAAACUAGAAGACCAGCUCAGCACUGUUGGAGCCAAAGUCAAUGAGUUGAAAGAGAAGUUUCAGUGUCACACUGCAGAGGCAGCUAAGUUGGAGGCCGAUGUGUCAAAAGCUCAGGACACGAUCACUGCUGCCCAGCAGCUAAUAUCACAACUGGACGGAGAACACACACGCUGGAAUGCACAGAUGUCCGAGAUAAAGAAUGAGUUGGAUACGCUCCCUGUUAGAGCCUUGCUUGCGGCAGCCUUCAUCACCUACCUGUCUGCAGCUUCGGAAGACCGUAGACGACAGUGUCUGGACUCGUGGAUGGCUCACUCUGGACUACAGAAGUUUGACUUGCGAUCAUUCCUGUGCUCGGAGAGUGAACAGCUGAUCUGGAAGAGUCAAGGGCUGCCAUCAGAUGAUCUCUCAAUGGAGAAUGCACUGGUUAUACUGCAGAUCAAUGCACUCAAGUUGAAGAGUGUUGCGGCUCCAUUCCUGAUCGACCCAUCAUCCCGAGCUACAGAGUGGCUAUGUACACAUCUCAAACAGCACAGAUUAGAGGUUAUCAACCAGCAGGAUAAUAACUUCAUGACAUCCCUAGAGCUGGCAGUCAGAUUUGGAAAAACCCUUAUCAUCCAAGAGAUGGAUGGAGUUGAACCUGUGCUCUAUCCGCUGCUGAGGAGAGACCUAAUAGCACAGGGUCCUAGAUAUGUGGUCCAGAUAGGAGACAAGGUUAUUGAUUACAAUGAGGACUUCCGUCUCUUCCUGGCAACACGGAAUCCCAGUCCCUUCAUCCCUCCUGAUGCCGUCUCAGUGGUUACUGAGGUCAACUUCACAACAACUAGGGCAGGCUUGCGGGGACAGUUGCUAGCCUUGACCAUCCAGCAAGAAAAGCCAGAGCUGGAGACUGAGAAAACAAGGCUACUACAACAAGAGGAAGACAAGAAGAUACAGCUGGCUCAGCUGGAAGAAUCAUUAUUGGAGACCUUGGCUACAGCUCAGGGGAAUAUUCUGGAGAACAGGGAGCUAAUAGACAGCCUAAACCAGACCAAAGCAAGCAGCGCCCUAAUCCAGGAGUCACUACUGGAAUCACAUAGGCUGCAGGCUUCCUUGGACCAGGAACGGGAUGCCUACCUGCCUCUUGCAGAGAGUGCUAGCAAGAUGUAUUUUGUUAUCACAGACCUGUCAAAGAUCAACAACAUGUACCGCUUCAGCCUCGCCUCUUUUCUACGCCUCUUCCAAAGAGCUCUUCAGGCCAAGAAGGAAGAAGAGAAUACUGAUGCCAGGAUUGCGGCAUUAGGAGCCAACUUGAAGAAUAUGGUUUAUGAGUAUGUCUGUCGGUCUCUUUUCAAGGCUGACCAGUUGAUGUUUGCUAUACACUUUGUGAAAGGCAUGUACCCCGAACUCUUCCUCGAGAACGAAUGGGAUGUCUUUACUGGGUCCAUCGUAGGAGAAAUGUUUAAGAAAGAGGAGUUCCCUUCUUGGAUUGAUCAGGAGAGGCACGGAGCAGUGGCCAUUUUAAAAGCUACGUUCCCGGCUCUCUACCAGACCCUCUGUUUAAGUGACUCAGACCUUUGGCUGUCCUUCUUGCAGAGCUCGCACUGUGAACAAGAAAUCCCAUCUUCCAUUGCCAAGAAGAUUACUCCCUUCCAACAGCUGUUAUUGGUUCAGGCUGUCAGACCAGACCGGCUGCAGAGUGCCAUGACUUGUUUUGCAUCUCAAACCCUAGCUAUGAAAGAGCUCUCACCCCCUCCUCUGAAUCUGCGGCGUCUCUACACCGAGACAAUGGAAUGGGAGCCAGUGUUGAUCAUCAUCUCUCCAGGGGCAGACCCUUCCCAGGAGCUCGCAGAACUAGCAGCCGAAACUGUUGGCAGGGACAAUUAUCAUGAGAUCUCCAUGGGUCAGGGGCAGGCUGAUGUAGCCUUAGCUACACUCAGAGAAUGCUCCCGAAAUGGAGACUGGCUUUGCCUGAAAAACCUUCACCUUGUCACCGCAUGGCUUCCCCUCCUGGAAAAAGAGCUAAAUGUGCUACGGCCCAAAGCAGGCUUCCGUCUUUGGCUGACAGCAGAAGUUCACCCCAGAUUUCCCCCCAUUCUGCUGCAGUCCAGCCUUAAGAUCACUUAUGAGGAUCCUCCUGGAUUAAAGAAGAAUUUGCUGAGGACAUAUGAGUCCUGGACUCCAGAGCAGAUCAGUAAAGGAGGUAUUCUGGCCAGAGCCCAGUCUCUUUUCUGUCUGGGUUGGUUCCAUGCCGUCUGUCAAGAGAGACGAAACUACAUCCCACAGGGCUGGACAAAGUUCUAUGAGUUUUCCUUGUCAGACCUUCGUGCUGGCUUUGAGAUUAUCGACAGGCUUUUUGAAGGUGGUAAACAAUUUCAGUGGGAGUUUGUCCAUGGUCUGUUGGAGAAUGCUAUCUAUGGGGGACGUAUUGACAACCCGUCUGACCUCCGCAUCUUGCGCUCCUACCUUGAGCAGUUCUUUUCCGCACGUCUCCUUUCAUCCUCCCACUCUGCUGGACAGAGAAAAAGCAGAGGAGGAUUCUUUCCACCUCAGAUAAGCCUCCCAAACUCUUGUGCCAUAUUGGACUACCGCAGAGUAAUAGAGAAUCUCCCAGAGGAUGACAGGCCAGCAUUCUUUGGUCUGCCUGCCAACAUAGCGAGAUCCUCCCAGAGAAUCGUCAGCUCCCAGGUAAUUUCUCAACUGCGCAUCCUGAGUCGCUCAGUCGCAACAGGUUCAAAGUUUGACAGGGAGCUCUGGUCAAAUGGACUGUCACCUAUCCUGAACUUAUGGAAGAAACUCAACCAGGGUUCUACACUAAUCCACCAGAAGGUGGACCCACCUACAGAGAGUCAGAAAUCACCAGUCCUUUCAUUCAUUUCUCUGGAACAGUUCAAUGCCAUCCGCUUGGUCCAGAGUAUACACCAGUCUCUGGCCGCACUGAGCAAGGUCAUCCGAGGGACUCAACUGUUAACUCCAGAAGUCCAGAAACUGGCCACUGCCCUACUAAAUCAAGAGUGUCCUUUAACAUGGCAGAAUAAAUGGGAGGGACCAGAGGAGCCAAUGCAGUACCUCAGAGCAGUAGUAACACGGGCCCUCGCCAUACAGAGUUGGGUGGAACGUGCAAAUAGACAGGCACUCCUGUCAGACAUCCUAGAUCUAUCUGAGCUAUUUCACCCUGAUACCUUUCUUAAUGCUUUGAGACAGGAAACUGCCAGGACCAUGUCCUGUUCUAUGGAUAGUUUGGUGUUUGUUUCGUCAUGGAGGAGUCCAAUUGCACAAGCAAAACUACAAGUAAAGAUUGGAGGUCUCCAGUUGGAGGGUUGCAGUUUUGAUGGUGUCCAUCUUUGUGAGAACCAGCAUGAUUCUCCCAGCGUGUCAGCUGUCCCUACGUGCUACAUGGCCUGGGUUCCACAGAACUCUGUUGCUGCCUGCACUGCAGCAGAGGAGAGUAUCUGUCUGCCUCUCUAUACCAGCUCUGAGAGGGUGAAGGUGGUCACGCACAUCUCUCUGCCCUGUGGAGCGAACCCCAACCAGUGGAUACAGUGUGGAGCUGCUCUUUUUCUCAAACAGCAGUAAGAGGACGGGAUCUGGUUGUGGCGAGAGUCACAGAGAGAAAAAGGAUUUUCUGUGCUCAGUAUCUGACCAGGGCAACAAAUAAACCAGAUGGAUUGUUAGCACUCUGAUAUGUCAGGGUAAUUUUUCAGUGACGCGCAUUAGCUCAUAGACCAAACCUUUUAAAACACAUUUGCUUUAUAUCAUAUCGUUUGUAUAACAGAGUACAAGGGAAAGGACCAGAGUGAAGGAAAACAGGACCAAAGAAUAACUGAUGCUUUCUCGGGUUGUGGUGCUACGACACUAAAACUGAAUAAAAAGCUAAAAGACAAACAGCGGUGAUACUGUUAAUAAACUAUACAUGCAUUAUUAUUUGGAUCCCAAGAAACACUACUACACUAAAACUGUCAGUAAGUCUUGCUACUUCCAGUCUCACAAGAAAAUUGUGUUUAUUACAUAUUAAAAAAUGUUUUUUGCAUAGGCAUUGUAUUCCCUGCUGUACUUUUGGACGUAUUUAUUCAAAAUAAAGGUAAAAUAAAAACCAUCUUUCCUGCCUUCAAUAGAAU